GGGAAGCUCCCGUGGCCGGCCGUCUUUCUCCGCCGCUGCUGGUUGGAUCGGUUCAAUAAAAGUCUUUCUGCUCGCUCGCUCGCUCGCUCGCUCGCUCUUCUCCGAGGAACAGGCGGAGGCGUCAAGCCGCAGCUGCCGAGUACGAAAGCGACGCACACGCAGAGAGCGAAAGCAGCUGCCGCGCUCUCUUUCAGCGCCGCACGGUCCAAUCCCACAGCCGUGGAGAAGGAGCCGGGCCGGGCCGUCUCGCUCCCGCCCCGGUUUCUCAGCGGGGAUUAGUGGGCCGCCCGCGCGGCUCUACGGCCCGGGAGCCAUGUUGACCAGGGGGUUCGGCCGCGCGUGAGACCCCCCCUCGGGCCCUCCCUGGAGCUCCGCACCCUCGGCCGGAGCCGGAAGACGGCUGCGGCGGCGGAGGCCUGCGCCGCGGCGAAGGCGCCUCGGGGCUGCCGGCCGCUGGGACCCGGACCUGCAUCCGGUUGCCGCGGGCGUCGGCGGAGCCGCUUUCCCUUCGCGCCUCGCCUCGGGACGCGGUCCCCGCACUUGCUGAAUUUUUCAAGCCACCUUCAAUUGAUAGGAGGAUGAAAAAGUUUAAGAGAAGGCUAUCCCUCACACUUCGAGGAAGUCAGACAAUUGAUGAAUCAUUAUCUGAACUGGCUGAACAAAUGACUAUUGAAGAAAACAGCAGCAAGGACAACGAACCUAUUGUGAAGAAUGGCAGACCGCCAACGUCUCAUAGCAUGCAUUCCUUCCUCCAUCAGUACACAGGGUCUUUCAAGAAACCCCCAUUGCGGAGACCCCACAGUGUUAUUGGAGGAAGCCUUGGUUCCUUCAUGGCAAUGCCCAGAAAUGGAAGCAGAUUAGAUAUUGUUCAUGAAAAUCUAAAAAUGGGAUCAGAUGGUGAGAGUGACCAAGCUUCUGGGACAUCAUCUGAUGAAGUCCAGUCACCUACAGGUGUUUGUCUCAGAAAUCGUAUACAUAGACGGAUCUCAAUGGAGGAUUUAAAUAAGCGGUUAUCCCUGCCUGCAGAUAUCAGAAUACCUGAUGGCUAUCUUGAAAAGCUGCAAAUCAGUAGCCCACCAUUUGAUCAACCAAUGAGCCGAAGGUCUCGUCGAGCUUCCUUAUCAGAAAUUGGGUUUGGGAAAAUGGAAACCUAUAUCAAAUUGGAAAAGCUUGGAGAGGGCACAUAUGCAACAGUAUAUAAAGGAAGAAGUAAAUUGACAGAGAAUUUGGUGGCAUUAAAAGAGAUCCGAUUGGAACAUGAAGAAGGUGCACCCUGUACAGCUAUAAGAGAAGUUUCACUAUUAAAGGAUUUAAAACAUGCAAAUAUAGUAACCUUACAUGACAUUGUUCACACAGAUAAGUCUUUGACUCUGGUCUUUGAAUAUCUGGAUAAAGACCUGAAACAGUACAUGGAUGACUGUGGUAACAUCAUGAGCAUGCACAACGUAAAGCUGUUUUUAUACCAAAUUCUACGAGGUUUGGCAUAUUGUCAUAGAAGAAAGGUGUUGCAUCGAGACUUGAAACCACAGAACCUCCUCAUUAAUGAAAAAGGAGAAUUAAAGCUAGCAGAUUUCGGAUUAGCCAGAGCCAAGUCAGUUCCCACAAAAACCUACUCAAAUGAAGUUGUCACACUGUGGUAUCGGCCACCUGAUGUACUUCUUGGUUCCUCAGAGUAUUCAACUCAGAUUGACAUGUGGGGUGUUGGUUGCAUUUUCUUUGAGAUGGCUUCUGGAAGACCUCUAUUUCCAGGCUCGACUGUGGAAGAUGAGCUGCACUUAAUUUUCCGACUACUAGGAACUCCGUCUCAGGAAACCUGGCCAGGUGUUUCUUCAAAUGAUGAAUUCAAGAACUACAAUUUUCCAAAAUAUAAACCACAGCCUCUAAUUAAUCAUGCUCCCAGGUUAGACUCUGAAGGAAUUGAGUUGAUAACAAAAUUUCUUCAGUAUGAAUCUAAGAAAAGGGUUUCUGCAGAAGAGGCAAUGAAACAUGUAUACUUUCGAAGUCUGGGACCAAGAAUACAUGCUUUACCAGAAAGCGUAUCAAUAUUCAGUUUGAAAGAGAUUCAGUUGCAAAAGGACCCGGGUUUUCGAAACUCUUCUUAUCCAGAGACAGCUCAGUAAAUCUUCAGAGAGAAAUCUGAUUCAGUCAAGUCAGGGAUCCUGAAAGCUGCAGAUGGCACAAAGACCUUUUACAAGUGACCUGGCUUGACCACUGCACACGCCAUCCCUGGUACCUGAGGCAGAAGACACAUCUUGUGCUUCCCUAGUCAUCAGGUUCAUCACUUCGAAGCAUAGAAGCUGUAGACUGACCCCAUCAACAAAAGGGUCGUUUAAGACAGUGCUGACCACUUUUACCGUGGAAUAUUAGCUUUUGCUGGUGGGAACAUUAGCUUCCUAGAGUCACCAAAUACUAUAUGUGGGAUAAAGCUGAACCUUGAACUGCCUCAUAAAAUGACUUUAUAUUUUAGGACAUGCGAAGAACAGAAGACAGAGCAUGCUCUUUUAAGUCUGAUAACAUGGUUUCAAGCCCAGCCCCCAGCCUUUCUUAUCAAUCAAGGACUCAAAUCUGAAGGCACUUAUUUCUUUUGGUGGACUUGGAAUCUCCGUAUGUCUGCACUGUCCUCUUCACAGUGGAGUCUUUUUAUUUCAGACUUACAGAUUGUUUUUAUAUUUGUUGUCACAGUGUGACAAUUUUUUUGUACAGUGGGUUUUAAAGUCUUCUCUGCCAUUAGAGCCAGUAGGUUACAGCUAUUGAUGUAACUGUAGCUGCAAUUUUUGUGCAGGACUGAGAAACACAGUGCAUUAUUUAUUGCGGAAUCAUUGCUGCUAAAUAACUACUGUCUGUUUAUUUAACACAACAGUUGAAUGCCCGAAGAAGUUACAGUGGCUUUAUUAUAUGUGAAUGCAUCUGUUUCUCCUCAUGAAUUGUUUUACUGCUGCAUUUUUUUGUUUGUUUGUUUUUAAAAUUAAACUGCAGUGUUUCCUGGAAUGUAUAUUUAGCUUUGCUUAAAAGUAAAAUAAGUGAGCCAUCUUGAACACUCUAAGUUCGUGCUACAUAAUUUCUUUUUGAACAUUGGCAAAUAGAGUAGCUAAGAGAUGAUAAAAUGCAUCAUGUUUAGAGAAGCAUGUGAUGCCAUUGAUUGAAGCAAGUGAAUACCUGUCAGUUUGGGGUUCUCACCUUAGACACAAAUAAAUUAAAGCACCAAAAUUAUUUAUUUUUACCUGUUCCUCAUUUUAGAAAUGUCUACUGCUUAUUGCUGGAUAUUUGUAUACUAAUACACUUAAUUAACUAUUUUACAUUGUGCUUUAAUUUAGUUAAAACUUAACAAAGUAAGUACAUUCAAAUAUGAAAGGUGUUACUGUUUGUUCUAAACACAUUUCUUUUAUUAGAAGGGAUGCUUACUUUAUUGGGGAACAGUUCCAUUUGGGGGCUGUGUAUUUGAACAACAUUCACUUGGAAUCAGCUGAAAGCUGUAAUGUCUUUGAAAUGAGCCAUGGUAAAUUACAAAUGAAAGAAAUGAGAACUUAGACGAUUGCUUUAAAGCAUUGUAGGUAUUAUCUGUUUAUCAGAGAUACUAAAUAUUAUAGUUUUAAUUAUGCAUCUCCUUGAACAUCAUAAACACUUUGGUGUUGGUAACAGUGUUUUCAGCAUUUGUGUUCAUUUUUAAGGACUAUUGUUUAGUGCAUUUUACCAACUAUAAAUCUUAAUUGGUAUGUUUUGAAAGGGUCAUGUAAAGUUUUGCAUUAUAUAUCAUGAAAAUAGUCAUAACUUAAAUUUUUUUUUUCCUGACAUUCACUGUAAAACAUUCAGGGGUCCUACCAUUUCUGUUCAGGAAAUCUUGUAGUUGUUAUUUAACAGUAUUAAGUAAGUUUUUGUAUAUUUUAACUUUAUUUGUGAAUAGUGAUUGUGGCAUGUUUGGGGUGUUAUUUUAAUAUUUCAUGAUAUUGAAUUUUUAAUUUUUAAAAAAAUUCUGGAAGAAACAGAUUCAUGUGUAAUGGUGAAUAUUGGACCACUACUGCUUUUCACAUUUGUAAAUUGGUUUCAUGUUAAACCCUGUAGCCUAACAAACUGCUGUUAUUUCUAACUGACAGAUAUGUAUUAAUAUUGUACUUUGAAGGUUACAAAUAUUAUGUGGAAAUUCCUUCAUUUUGUUUUGAAAUUUAUAAUAACAAAAUCUCCAUGUUGUAUAAAAUGUGAUUUUGUUGUUAUUUCUUGGGGAAGAAGACUGUCCAGAGUGGAAUAAUUUUCUUUUUAUGGUUCCUUGUAAAAUAAUGAAGUUUCACUGUGCCAAAAGUAUUAGCUACUUUAUAUUUGUGCUGACCAUCUGUUUAGUAACCUGGGCUGCAAUUUUAUGAGAUAGCACUCUCAUUUUUAUAAAGUAUCAAGUUUGUCAUUUCGUGGGGUAUUUGAUUUGUUGCAAAUUUGGCCUAUAAUUAUCCAUAAGUUGAUUCUUGUAUAUAAAAAGUGAAGGAAUAUAUACAGUUGUUACAUAAAAUUCUUUUUCUUAGUAAGUUCUAAGGAAGUUUCUUCAUUUUAGGAAUUUGGUAAGCAAAUAAGUGUUUGUAGGGUGUUUUUGUUUGUUUAUUGAUGUUUGAGUCACCAUCAGAUCCUGAAAACCUUUCAGUGAAGAGAAAUGAAAUUCAGAAAUUUUGAACCUUGAAUACUUUUGUGAAUCCUCUUAAGCUAAAAAGAUUGUUUAAGGUAAGAGAAGAUGCUUUCUUUGUUUUCUUUCCAAGAGUUAGGGGUAAUACUCCUUGAGUAUAUAGAUAUAUACUCAACAUGUAGUAUAUGUAGAGUGGCUGCACUCUGUGUGGUGUCUUAUCAGCUUGAAAGACUACUUAACAUGUUCUAAUCUGUGUUUGGACUCAAAGCAAUUCAUGUAGGUUUUUAUUUUUCUUUACUUUUUUAUGAUAUUAAAAUGGCAGUAUUUUAACUAUUCAUAAUUUAAAGUAGUUUAUUCAUACAUCAAUGCCACUUCAAUGUGACACCAAUUGCAUUACAAUGCUGGACAGUUACCAUACUAUUCCAGAUUUUUUCAUCAACCAGAAACUGAACUCAUUAAAAUUAAUUCCCUGUUGUCUCCUCUCUCUAUCCCAUGGUAGCCAUCAAUUGACUGUCUCUGCAUGUCCCUAUUCUAUUUUGUAUGUAUGGAAUUAUAUCAUAUUUGUACUUUGUGUUUGGCUCAUUUCAUUUAACUUAAUGUUUUCACGGGUAAUUCAUGUUUAACAAAAGGUUGAACUCUAUUUCUUUUCAUGACUGAUUAGUAUCCUGUUAUGAAUAUACAUUUUGUUUACUCAUCUAUCUUUUAGCUGUUGUGUAUAAUGCUGCUAAGAACAUUAGUGUAUAAGUAUCUGUUUGAGUCCCUGUUUUCAGUUCUUUGGGAUACACACACACAGGGAAUGAAAUUACUGGUCAAACAUAAUUCUACAUUUAACUUUUUGAUUAAAUAGAUCCACUAUUUUACAUUCCCAGUAGCAAUAUAUGAAGGUUCCAUUGUUUUCAUCCUCACCAGUGCUUGCUGCUGUCCUCUUACCAUCAUAAUCACCACUCAGUCUAAUAGAUGUGAAGUAAUAUUAAUAUCUCAUUUGUAGUUUGGAUUUACAUGAUGUUGAGCAUCUUUUCAUGUGCUAUUUUAGCCAUUUUUGUGUCUGCAUUGAAGAAAAACCUAUUCAAAUACUUUGCCCAUUAAGA